AUGUCGACGCAAUGGCCGAUAACCGACGCCGGCGACGAUCCAUCAGGCUCGUCCCAGGGCUCUUCACAGGGCUCCUCGAUCCACGAAGACGUCGCCGACUUCUCCCCCUCCCGCACUCCACUCACAUCCACCUUCGAGUCGCCUCUCCUCCCCGAGAACGCUGCGACGUCCCGCUCGUUACCGAUUAAUUUCGUUUCCUCCCCGCUAAAUCCUAACCACGCUCCCCACAGACAGCCUUUGGCUCGCCAGAGCCCGUCUUUCAACCGCCUUGCCUCGGAGGAGUCUCACGCGCUUGCCGCCCAGCUGUCUUCCUUGGACUCUGGCCAUCGCGGCUCUAUGAUCCUCUACAAGCUCGACCUCGCACCCCCCAGGAUGGGCCAGCGCGACUCCAUCGCUUCCUCCUCUGGCGCCUCUUUGCUCUCCUUGUCCGCCGACUCAAAGUACCCAUCUGGUGCCGUCGUCCAGAGCCAGCGCGGCUUCGUACCGUAUGCGUUCGAUCCCGAGCAAGAGCUCAGCGAUUUCCCGGACGACGAUGACUAUCUUCACGUCCCCGACCCCAAGACCGACAGGGUCUCGUUCUGGUCCUGGCGAGGAAUCGUGAACAUGUCCAUGCUCGCCAUCCUCCUCGCCGCCCUUCUUGCGCUCUUCGUCUGUUACCCCGUGGUCACCUACUUCCGCGACAACAAAUACAAUAGAGCGAUAGCAGACAAUAUCGCCGUCAACGCCACCGGCCAGCAGGCGACCCGCAGGGAACUGGCCGACGAGGCCGUGCUCGCCCUCCCGCACGCGCAGAAGGCGCCCUUGAUCGACCCAGAUACUCCUGCCUCGGUGCGGACGCGCGUCGGCUCCGACGGCGAGCCAUACGAGCUCGUCUUUUCGGACGAGUUCAACGCCGACGGGCGGACGUUCGGUGGGGGGGACGACCCAUUCUGGGAAGCUGUGGAGGACCGUCCGUUCGCGGUCACGACGCGUGGGGGCAGCCUGCGCGUCGCUGCGGACGGCAUGCUGCAGAGCUGGAACAGGUUCUGCUUCACGGGCGGGUACAUCGAGGUCGCGGUGCGGUUGCCUGCGGCGCGCGCUGGCAGCUACGAGGCUGCGGCGUGGACCAUGGGCAACCUCGCACACGCCGGGUUCCCUGCGACGAUGGAGGGCGUGUGGCCGUAUGCCUAUGACGCGUGCGAUGCAAGGACGCUCCCGGAUCUGACCCAGCCUCAACUGAGUCGGGGACAGCGGUUAUCCGCAUGUACAUGCUCUGGCGAGGACCAUCCUGGGCCGAGCACGUCGAAGGGCCGCGGUGCCCCUUCGGUCGACAUUUUCCGUACUUUGACCGACCGGCGCGUCUCUCAGACAGCAUGGUUAGCUCCAUCGCCGCACGAUCACGUCAACCGUAUACCUGUCCGAUCAAGAGAACAGUUCGUUUCAUUCGGUUUUGAGUACUCUGUAGAUCCAUCGCGACCCGGCGCAGGCUUCAUGCAUUGGCAGCUCGAUGGCCAGCCAUCAGAGACGCUCGGGAGCGCGGCAUACCCGCUCGAUACCCCGCGUCGUUGGAUUCCGGAAGAGCCCAUGUCGAUCGUCCUGAGCCUUGCCAGCGACUUGUCCGCGGACACUGAGCAUAUGGAGAUGCUCGUUGACUAUGUCCGGGUAUACCAGCGCACGGGACAGCGCAACGUCGGGUGCAGCCCCGCGAGAUACCCCACGGCGGAAUAUAUCGAGGCGCAUAUAGAUGCGUAUACUAAUCGAAGCAUGGCAUCGUGGUCACAAGCGGGUGGGCGGUACGCAUGGCCAAAAAAUUCCAUGAGUGGCUGCUGA